AUGACUUUCACUAACUUUGUUCUGUUCUCAGAGAGGAAGGUGGCCUUUUACACAGGUCUGACUGAUGACGGACAUGUUGGACCAUUCAACACAGACACCACACUGAAAUACAGCAAAGUCUUCACCAACAUCGGCGAUGCUUACAAUCCAUCUACAGGUUUCUUCACAGCUCCAGUCAGAGGGGUCUACUACUUCCAGUUCACUAUGUGUGGUUACCAAACAGGUUACACGGGUGUCUAUGUGUACAAGAACGACCAGUGGAUCAUGUUUAAUGGGGAGAAGAAAGAUGAGGCAGGUUAUGACUUCAUGACUAACUCUGUUGUCUUGGAGCUGAUGGCAGGAGAUGAAAUCCGCCUCGUUCUCCCAGGAGGCUAUCAUCUCUAUGACAUCAAUCACAACUACAACACCUUCAGUGGCUCCCUCCUCUUCACACUGUGACGAUCCUUCAGCUGCUGUCUGACUCCUAAUUGGCUAAACUUUG